UUAACGAAUAUUAAACAACAAAUUACAAUAAUCGGUAAAAAUAUCAUUGAACAUUUUUUGAAAAUGAAACUCACAUUAGCUCUUCUAUUUAUAUGUGCUUUCGGUUUCACUCAGGCUCAACUUAAUUUGGGUUUAAAUUUAGGACCUAAAGCUGGGUUUGCUGGUUUAUCACCCGGGCAAUUCUUUCAAAAUAUUGUAUUGCAGUCUGAGGCUGAAAAGCUAUUAGUUAAUCCCGAUUUACCAGAUGAUUUGAGACAACGUGUUUUAGAUUCAAUGGCCAAUGCUGAACAAGGUUUUAAUAAUUGCUCGACUGCAGUCACACUACCAUGGAUGCAAAUACGCUGUUCAGCUCUGCAGUUGCAACGAUCCAAAAAUGAAUUAAAGGCUAUUGAAAAUGAGGCAACAGCUAGAGCCCAGGCUGUCGCAAAUGCAGCACCUGGUGAUGCAGUAAAUCAAUAAUUUACAAUUUUUUUUCACCGCACUUUAUUUGCAAUGAACUUUGAACACGCCAUUUUUUAAUCAAUAUUAUUUUUUAAUCUUAAAAUUUGUUAAAUAAAAUGUACAAACAUUAAUACAUAUGUA